AUGCAGUGUCUUCUGGUGGACAGUAUUGAAUUCAACAUGGUUAAUUAUAUAAACCGUGUUGGUUGGGCAACCUAUCCUGAAAGGGUGCGGCUCUGGGACUCCAGUUCAGGAAAGGUUUCUGAUUUCACAUCUCAUUUCACCUUCACCAUCGAUACCCUUGGUGCACCGAAUUAUGGUCAUGGACUUGCUUUCUUCCUCGCUCCUGUUGGUUUUGAAAUCCCACUUAAUUCUGCUGGUGGCUUUUUAGGCCUCUUUAACACUACAACCAUGGAAUCCUCUCAGAAUCAAAUUGUUUCGGUGGAAUUUGACUCGUAUCCAAAUCCAGAAUGGGAUCCACUAGUUGAGCAUGUGGGGAUCAACAACAACUCGAUUGCUUCAGCUGUACAUACACCUUGGAAUGCUAGCUUUCACAGUGGGGAUACUGCUGAGGCAUGGAUUACCUAUAAUUCCACUAAAAGAAAUUUGAGUGUAUUUUGGACUUACCAAACAACCUUAAAUCCUCAAGAGAAUUCUAGUCUGUUUCACAUAAUCGAUCUCAGUAAGUUUUUGCCUGAGUGGGUCACUGUUGGCUUCUCAGCUGCUACCGGUCAGAAUAUGGAACGGCAUAGACUUCUAUCUUGGGAGUUCAAUUCAACUUUGAACGUUAACGAUACGAAUGGUAAGAGUUCAAAGAAGAGCAAAAUUAUAGUUGGUGCCAGUGUUUCCGUAAUAGUUCUGGUAGCUGGGGCGAUCACGUUAUCUGUAAUCUUGUCGAGGAGGAAAAGAAUUAUGAGAAUAAAUAGAUCAGCAGAGACAAUGAACGUGAAAUGGAUUAAUGAAGACCUUGGAAGAGGAGCAGGGCCGAGAAGUUUUUCUAAUGCUGAUCUAGUUUCAGCUACGAACAACUUCUCAGAUCAGAGGAAGCUAGAAAUUGCUAGUGGAAGAAAGACUAAUGAUCCCAUUGAUAGAAAAUCUGAACUGAGCUUGGUUCAGUGGAUUUGGGAUCUUUAUGGAUGCGGAAAUCUUAGUUUGGCCAUUGACAAGAGACUUGACCUCACGAAUUUUGAUGACGAGAUCAAACAAGCAGAGUGUUUGAUGAUUGUUGGAUUAUGGUGUGCCCACCCUGACCACAAUUUGAGGCCGUCGAUAAGACAAGCAAUUCAUGUCUUAAAUUUUGAGGCUGCAAUACCAAAUCUGCCUGGAAAGAUGCCUGUUCCUGUGUUUCAUGUGCCUCUGCCAUCAUCUCGUUCUAGUGAGCCGCCUUCAAUAACUAAUACAAUCCUUGACGCGGGGCGUUAA